AUGUCGGGACAGGUCUUCCCCUUUGUCGAGGGGCCGACAUUGCCAGACGACCCGUCUCAAGCGGUUCUCGCCUUGUCACCAGAAAUCCAGGAAGCCAUCGCGAAAUGUCAGGUAACCGACAACAACAAGCAACUCUCUCUUCAGUCCCUUGCGAUGGAAGCCAAGGAACGGCUCAUCACGCUGUUGGUCAAAGGAGCAAUGCAAACGGUCGGGUUCCAGCCCGAACUCUACAAAGAGUGCGUUGAGAGCACUGUCAAAAAGGCCUUGGCCACGAAGCUGCUCGACACGCAGACCCUGUCGAAGUGGCCGGGCAGUCGCUACAUGACCAUAUCAUUGCAAAAGACGAGAAAAAGGACCAAGCUGGAGGGCAAACACUAUUGCUUGACGGCGCCAGUCAUACUUUGCGUCUAUAUACUCUUGCAUUUCCGCAAGGUCACGAAUAAACCAAACAUAAUGUCUCGGAUGAUCAAUGAGCAAUACAUGCUGCCCAAACUGUCGACGGCAAUCGAGCACCACACGCAGGAAAGCCAGGCUGGUCCGAUAGUCACUGCACAGCCUGUCGAGCCUGUGUCAGUUAGUCCGCCUCAGCCCGUGUCCGACACGGCCAAACCAAUCGAUCAAACGGUCGCUCGCUCGCAGCCGGUAACUGGAGCUGGGCCUGGUGCUCCGGAUCUAGAAUCCGAUGGCUCCACCCCCAUCCCGAAGAAUACCAUCAUGGCACGCACCGAGGCGACGGACAAGCACGAAGCACUCCUGGAUACCAUCAUGGAGCUUUGCGCCACGAAACGGCAGUUGAAUGAAGAGAAUGCGAAUACAGCGCGGAUGGUCAAGGCGCACAAGGCAAACGCCAGGCUCAGCCAGGGAAUCGCAGCACGACUCGGUCGCAACUCGACAGUCCGACAAGACUAUGAAGCCCUUGUCCACCACCUGGGACCGGCCUUUGAGGUGAGCGCGGGAGAAACCGGCGACCUGGUUGACUUCUUCCACCGGGCCAAGAAUUGCGACGUGGCGAGCAGCACGACAGACUGCCUGGCCCAACUGGUCGUUGCGGUCCGGAGACUUCGUCGAAAGCCUACGGAUAAAUUGUUGCGCUUGAUCGAAGGCAAGAUCAGGACCCUGACCGACGCCGUGGGAUCGGCUGAGUACUCGUUGCGGUUUGAGAGGCACGUCCAAGUCAACAACCUGGACUUGUUGCGCCAAGUCGACGAUGAGAUGGCUGCGGCAACCAGUCCGACCCUUCCAUCUCCGGCCUUGAAGCGAUCGCGGGCAAGCGAAGACUAUGACACCGGGCAUUAUGGGCGUAAACGGCAUCGCAACUAA